AUGGAUCAUGAUUUGGUAACUUGUUUGUCAUUAGAUUCUGUUGAUGACGAUGCAGGUCCUUAUAACAGUGAAAAACGAUGUAUUCAGGACUCGUGUAUUCGCUUCAAACAUACUGAAACAAACAACGACCUUACAGAACCAGAAAUUCAUUUAGACAAUGAAUUUGGUUUAUAUGACGCGGAACUUUUAGCAUCGGGAGCUAGGUCGCUUCUGGAUGAGUUAUCGAAAUGUCAUAUGUUCAUCCGUUUUGAUCCGAACAAAUGGUACGAUGUACAAAAAACAAUGAAUAAUAAGCCUGCAGUUGAACGUGCUAAUAAGUACAUUGAUACAGUUGAAGAAGAAGAACGUGAGAGACGACAAAUGGAAGAAGACGCAGAAAAGAUCCUACAUGAAUGGUUCCCUAGACAUCGUUCAAGCGAUGAAUAUGUUACACAAGCUGACGGAUGGUCAUCUAUUUGUCAGAUCAUGGAGCAAUUUGUAACAGAACUACAAUUAGGGCCGCAAUGUCCUAUUGAUUAUAUACACUGGAAUUUCGGUCAGUGGAUGUCUCAAGCCGCCGAAGAUCCAGACAAUGGUUAUUGUCGCGCACAUAUGCAUAUAUGUUUAAGUGUUGAAACCAUAACGCGUUGUACUGAGAAACAUAUAUACGAAUCAUUGGUUAAAUCUUCUUUAACUCCAAAAAAUGACCGUUACAAUGAUGCAUUGAAAUUAAAACAUCGUCUUGAAAGUGAUAUUGAUAAUUUAUACCGUCUUAAAUACGAUUGUGAUAUGUAUGGAAAUAAACGGAUGGAUGAAGAUGUUUUUAGCAGGAACAGAAGUGCUGAAAAUAAACGUAACUCAGUAAAUGCUCAAAAUAGUCGAUGUUGUGGCCGACGUAACUCAUCGCUUUACUUGCUCGCUUUAAUUCUAGUGCGUAUUGGUAUACAUGGCACUCCAUCGGUCGCUAGCACUGGUUGGAACAGUAAGUUCUUAAUAAAAAUCGUAUUUUUAAUAAUGACAUCAAACGACGAUGAUUUUGAGUCAAUUACACGAUUAUUUGACACAAAUGCUUUACUUCAUUGUCCAAUAUGUGAAAGAGAUUUUAAUGAUCCAAGAAUAUUGUGUUCGAAUGGGCAUACAUUCUGUCAUGAUUGUAUUAAAAAUUCAUUACAAGAAGAUGGUAUAAUAAAAUGUCCAAUUUGUCAUGAUACAAAACGUCUGGCUAGUGUCCAUGAUAUAUCACAAUUACCAAAAAAUUAUACUGUAGUAACAUUGAAAAAUGCUGAACAUCAUCGUUUAGCUCAAUUGGGAAUAUGUGAAUUAUGUAAUAAAAAAAUGUCCUAUGGUCGAUGUUAUCACUGUCGAAAGAUGGCAUGUUUUAAAUGUAUGCAUGAUCAUGAACGUUCAAUUGAAAAUGAACAAGAAAAAGAAUAUAGUGAACUAAUACAUUUGAAAGAACAUAUCUUAAAGAAAAUAAAUCAUUUUGAAAACGAUUUUGAAGAAUCAAAAAAUAAUGCGAAACAUUUAGUACAUCAAGAUGUUGAAAAACAACACAAAGAAUUGAAAGAACAAGAACAUAUACUCAAUGCUCGAAUUGAUGAUUUAUAUCUAAAUCACUCAACAUCGUCCCAUGAAAAAUUACAAAAAUUGAAACAUGAUGUAGAAAAAGAUUCACAAGAAUUAGAGAAAAUUAAUCCAAAAAAAUGGAAUUCAACAGAUCGUUUUCGAUUAACAAAACAUUGGAAUGAUAUACAACGAAAAUUAGAUGAUCAACAUGUUGAAUUUACAUACAAAUCCAUAGCAACAAUUAAUAAUAGAUUAGGUGAAAUACAUUUGAAGCAACAUAAUCAAGACAUGACUCAAGCACGUGUACCUCGUCAACAAUUAGUCAGAAUUGAUCCCAAUGUUUUUAAUAUCAAAGAUGAAAGUAAUCGAGACCAAUUAUCGAGAGAAGCGGCUAAUCUAUUAUUACAUCGUGGCGCAGUGAUUCAUAACGGACAAAUGAGACAUUCAGCAGCCGCAAAGGGAGGAAAAUUGAAUACAGGAGAAAAAAACUUUUUAGUAGUGGUCGUGAAUCAAAAACCAGCACAAAAAAAACGAACGGUUAUAACCGAACGCACUACAUCCGGACCCCAUUCGUUUCCUCGUGAUAGAGGAAGUGAUUAUCGUGGACAAGGAGGUUAUUCAGUUACAUUUAGCUCCAAAUUAGAUGAUGGUACCGAUCCCAGUACUGGUUCACUAAAUCAUUCAAGAAUUGAUGAUCAUCUAGCUGAUAUUGAACAAGAGGGCGAUGAAUAUGCUGUUAGAAAAGUGGUUAGAACACAUAACAUUAAUGUUCAUAGCACAAAUUCAAACCACGGAGAUCAUUCAAUUAAUUUCAAUGAUAAUAUUCCACUAACACCUCGCAUGCCAAUCACACAAAUUAAUUUAAAUCAUUACAGUAAAAAAGCAUCACAGAUAUUGAAUGGUGUCAAUGAAUCUGAUAAAUUCUUAGCACCCAAAGCGAUUGCUGUAACUGAUACAAAUCAAUUAAUUAUUGCUGACACAAAAAAACAUCGUCUUAUUGUAUACGAUUUGACAAUGAAAUCAGCACGUGUCAUAAAAGGCUUUUUAUUUCCAGAUGGUUUAUGUUUAGCGGGCGAUCAAUAUGUUAUUAUAACCGAUAGACAUCGAGUAUCAAAAUAUGAUUGGUAUCAUGGGAAACUAUUGAGUUUCAUUGGAAGUUCAAAAAAACUAGAUCCUCAAUAUAUCUCAAUUAGUAAUGGAUUACUUUAUGUAACAGCAUGGCAACGUAUAAGACCGGAGUCGUGUGCAUAUAAUGCCGGAUGUAUUAUUGUUUAUGAAACUGAUGGUAGUGUACAACGAUAUAUUGAUACAGAUGCACAAUCUCAUUUGAAUUUAAGUGUACCUGAAGGAAUUGUUUGUGAUAAUUCAAAUCAAUUAAUAUUAGCGGAUCGUUAUACAUCAAAAAUAUUAUCUAUGAAUAGUGAAAAUGGGCAAGUAAUUAAUUUUCGUGGCGAUAAAAUGAAAGCACCUCAUUAUGUUUGUUUUACAAAUAACCAUACAAUGAUUGUCACAGAUGUUGGAAAUAAUAGUGUACAAUUUUACGAGAAAAAUAAUUAA